CAACGAUCUGCACAAUCGUCGUCAAGCAUCCAAGACAACAAGCAGACGCAGGCAGAGACAACCACCACAAGAACAACACCACCACCACAACCGCAACCAUGGCGGAGGGAGGCGAAGUGAGCAUGGCGGAAUACAACAAGUUCAUGGCAGAAGGGCAGACCUUUGAGCAAGGCUCAAACUAUGCCCAGGCCGUGGAGUGCUACACACAGGCCUUGGAGGCAAUCUCUGUGGGCGGUGUGCUGCAGGAUGACAUUGGCAAGCACUGCUACUGCAUGAGAUCACGGUGCUAUCUGAAGAUUGGCCAGCACGAUGAGGCGCUGCAAGAUGCCGAGUCUGCCCUUAACAUGGACAAGGAUCUCAUUACGGGCAUCUAUGCCAAAGCGGAAGCGCUCUACUUCAAGGGCGAUUUUGAGUUUGCGCUCCUCUUCUAUCACAUUGGCAACCAGAUGAGGCCCGACAUGAAGAAGUUCAAGCUUGGCAUUCAGAAGGCGCGGGAGGCCAUCGACAACGCCAUCGGAAGCACGAAGAAGUGCACGCUGACGACAGAGGGUGACCUGACGAUGUUCCACCAAGGGCUGGAGGCAACAGCGGGCAAGAAGCGCGUUGGUGGGCAGCGGCGCAAGGGCACGGCCCGUAACCGCAGCGCACGACCUGGCCCGCAGACCAACGACAAGACCGUCAAGCAGCUGCUUGGCGAGCUCUAUGCUGACCGCGCUUACCUCGAGUCGCUGGUGAACGACCCGAGCCUGCGCCUGGGUCAGGGCGGCGACAUCAAGACGCUGGCGGCUUCGGGCCUGCAGUACCUCGACAAGCGCACCGAGUUUUGGCGCCAGCAGAAGCCCAUCUACGUGCGGGAGCAGGAGCGUAAGGAGCAGAAGGGGCGCAUCAGCACCCGCACAAGCCGCAUGGCCACGGCGGGGAAGCCCAAAAAGCGGCCCGUCACGCAGGAGGCAAAGACAAAGGCGCAGUCCGACCUCGAACGCGCCCUCCAGGCGUACCGGAGCAUGCGUCCGGACAAGUGCAUUGAGGCGUGCGAGGACGUGCUGCGCGUGAUCAAAUCCCCAGAGACGCGCGAUGAGCGUGAGAUUGUCGGCCUUGCACACAGCCUGAAGGGCGCCAGCUUGUAUGCAAAGGAGAACUACCAGGAGGCCCUCAAGGAACACACCAUGGACCUGGAUGUGUCUGUGGAGGACCGCUACCGUAUGCGCGCCCUCUGCCAGAUUGCCCGCUGCAACGCAAUCAUCGGCGAGCUGCGCGAGGCUGCGUCUGCGUGGGUGCAAGCGGCCGGGAUGCAAAUUGGGGACCUGACGGCGGCGUGGCUGCACCACGAGCUUGGCCGCUGCUACCUGGAGCUCGGCGACGUCAACGAAGCCCUCGACUCUGCGCUGGCGGGACUCGAUGCUGCUGAACUCGCAGAGAGCAGGGAGUGGACCCUUUACCUCACCAUCCUCAAGGCACAGGCACAAGAGCAAAACAAUCAGCGGACGGAGGCGUACCACACGUUCAAGGCGGCGGCGGAGCUGGCCGGCGAUCUGUACAAGCGCGACCUCAAGAACGCCCUUCUCAAGGCUGCGCAGGACGCCCAGCACGCAAACCCAGAUGCGAUUCAAGAGGAACGCGAGAGCCACAUGGACCUGAGCGCGCAGGAUGGUGGUGGUGAUGGGAACGACGAUGCUGACGGCUACAGCGAUGAUGGUGAUGAUGAUGAUGAUGAUGGUGGUGAUGGUGAUGGUGAUGGUGAAGGUGAUGGUGAAGAUGAUGGUGAUGCACAGGAUCAAGGUGCCGGAGAUGCUUGAACGGAGCAGCAUGCGGUGGUUGCUGUUGCAGCUGUGUUCGUGUUUUGUGCUGGUGUUGCUGCUGUUGCUGCAGUUGUUUGUGUGCGGUUGUUCUGCGUCUCUUCAACAUUCGUGUGCAUGUGUCGUGCACUGUGCCCCUGUGCUUGUUCUUGCGUCCUGCUUUGUCUUGUGUCCUCGCUCAUUCGUCAAUGACACAUGUCGAUUGUAAACUGACAUCAUCAUCAUCAUCAUCAUCAUCAU